AUGUCACCGACGCCAACACCUUCCCAAAGACCCCAAACCCAAACCCACCACUCAACCCCCCUCGCGCAAUUCAUCCAAACCGAGCCCAUAACCCGCCACACCCAGCCCUGGAACCCCUCCCCAAUCCCCAUGAACUUCACCGCAGCCUCCGCAUCAACAACGCCCACGGGAACCAACCCCUUCCAGCCCCGAGCGCAACCGACAUCGCCAUGCACGCCAACUCGCGCGCAAGCGCAAGCGCAAAAGCCGAAAUACGAAGCGCGCUAUGCGAACAUCGCGAAUCCGAUGAAGAAUACUUCUGCGUUGGCGCGCGCGAAGACGCGCAAGAUGUUCCUUAAUCGGGUGCGUGGGGAGAGGGAGGAGGGGAGGUUUGAGGCGCGUGGGGAACAGAUGAUGCUUAUGGAACAUCUUGCUGAUCGGCGGAGGUGGGAGGAGUAUGAUGCGGAUGUGCUGGAUGAGAUUAUUGCGCAGGAGGAGGAGGCUAUGCAGAGGGCGUUUAUGGAGACGCAGAAUGGGGUGCAUGGGAGGGUUGAGCUUUUGCGGGGGGAUGGGCCGAAUGUGUCGUUUAGUGAUGAUGAGUAUGAGGAUAUAUUUAUGGGGUUGUCGGAUCCUCAGGGGCAGCAGUUUCAGUCUCAGUCUCAGUCUCAGGAUAUGGAUAUGUCGUGA